UCAGUCAAGUUUGGAGUAGUGACCACGUUAGUUAUACAAAAUGCGCGCUAAAUGGCCACUCAAAUUCAUGGUCGGUGUCCAGCCGUGUAUCUUUGUCACUCUCUUUUACUUUGUACUCGUCGUUUUAUACGGAAGAAUCACUACAAUUCCGGAAAUUCAUUACUACAAAAAAGCUGAAAGUUAUGUGGAUAAGCCGUUUAGUCGUGAGCCGAAAUCCAUCUUGCUGUGGAAUGCGUUCUUCGAAAGCCGAAAUUGGCAUUUACCCGGAAGUUUAGUUAACGAAACAUUUUUUAAAGGACUGAAUUGCCCUGCAACGAACUGUUUUAUUACAAGUGAAGUAAACACCUUGAGUGAAAUAACGGAGUAUGACGCCAUUUUGUUUCACGUCGCUGAAGCAUUCCCAAUUCUUAAUCCAUUUCCUUCUAAACGUGCCCAAAAUCAAAUUUAUGUGUUCGCUGCAAUGGAGUCGCCAGCUCAUACAAAGCAUGAUCUUUCCGAUGAAAUCAGUUUCUACAAUUACACGAUGACCUAUCGUUUGGACUCAGAUAUUCUAUGGACUUAUGGACACCUGCAGGACAUUGAGACAGGGCAACUUGUCGCCCCUACUUCUUACCCGGCUUGGAGGAAAAUCCCGGAGCUUCUUGAAUUAGAUACAUCUCUGGACAUUGCACUUGCUAAGAAAAAUAAGACCGCUGCAUGGUUUGUCUCGCAUUGCGAUGUUAUUUCCAAACGGGAUGAUUUAGCCCGAUCAUUACAACAAUAUAUUCCAGUCGACAUUUACGGGAAAUGCGGGACGUUCACGUGCCCUCGAAAUUCGCAUGAGUGCGACGAAAAACUUGAUGACGAGUACAAAUUUUAUUUGUCUUUCGAAAAUUCACUAUGCACUGAUUAUGUAACUGAAAAAUUUUUCAAAAUUCUCGAUCGAAAUAUUGUCCCCGUUGUAUACGGAGGAGCUGAAUAUACUAAAUUCGCCCCGCCUCACUCAUAUAUAAAUGCUGAAGAUUUUAAAACAGUAAAAGAUUUAGCAGAUUAUUUGAAGUUUCUAGAUGGGAAUCUUGAAGAAUAUCGAAAAUACUUUUGGUGGAAAAAAUUUUAUAAACGCACUAAGAUAUCGCCUUUCUGUCAAUUGUGUUUAAAAUUAAAUAACCCUUCCGAAAGGGAAAAAGUGCAAUACUAUAACGAUAUUCAAGAGUGGUGGUAUGGUCAUGCUUGCCGUAUGAACCCAAAUGUUGAGUUCUAAACAUUAGUAUAUAAUAAAUAUGAUAUUGGUACUACAGUGUAAUACCGAUAAUUCGUACAUCGAUUGUUCGUAUUUCCCGCCAAUUCGUAGAAAUUUGCGGUUGCCCAUAGUUAAUUUCCUUUAUUUUGCAUAAUCCCGAUAUUUCGUACCAAAUCUUCAGUCUCUUUACCAUACGAAUUAUCGGCCUUCUACUGUAAUACUUUUACCUAAAAAAUAAAACAAAGACUAUUAACACUAGGAAUUGGAUAUUUUAAUUAUUUAUCAUUGUUACGUUUGACAACUUAAUGGUUCAUUCAAUAAGCAAGGGCUCCUGGAGCUUUCUCAUAUGUUUUAGACGAAUAUAUAAUGGAAAUAUAA